CUCCGUCGUCCCCACCACCAGAAAAUUAAUCGAAUUAUUCAAUUAAGUUGUGCCACCGGGUUCAUUAGUCCUUAAAGCCGCUGUUUUAUUUUAUACCGCGAUGAGGUGUUUAAUAAUGUAAACGAGAGAAGCGAAGUGAAUGUUGUCCCCUGGGUGGAGGGCUGGCUGGGCAGUCGAGUCCAGGAGUUGAGACUCUUGACAGUCAGUCAGCAAGAGGCACGUUUACAGGAUGGCUCUCCUCAGAGGUGUAUUCAUUGUUGCUGCUAAACGUACCCCUUUUGGUACUUAUGGAGGAGUGCUGAAGGACCACACUGCCACGGAUUUAGCUGCACAUGCUGCAAAGGCUGCACUCGCUGCUGGAAAGGUUAAUCACGACCUCGUGGACAGCGUCAUUGUUGGAAAUGUAAUGCAGAGUUCUCCAGAUGCUGCUUAUAUUGCGAGACAUGUUGGAUUGCAAAUUGGAAUUCCUAUUCCAGUACCUGCCUUAACUGUAAACCGACUCUGUGGAUCUGGUUUCCAGUCAAUCGUCUCUGGAGCACAGGAAAUCUGCCUUAGAGAAUCCGAGAUUGUAUUGUGUGGAGGAUCAGAAAGCAUGAGUCAAGCUCCAUAUGCUGUUCGAAAUAUACGAUUUGGCACAAAGCUUGGCGUUGACAUCAAGAUGGAAGACACCUUAUGGGCAGGAUUGACAGAUCUCCACAUUAAAACUCCUAUGGGUCUUACAGCAGAGAACCUUGCUGAGCAAUAUGAAAUAACCAGGGAGGAGUGUGAUGCAUAUGCAUUGAAGGCUCAGAAGAGAUGGAAAACUGCCCAUGAAGCCGGUUACUUCAAUGAGGAGUUGGCUGCAAUUGAGGUGAAAGUCAAGAAAGGAGUGCAGUCUAUAACACAUGAUGAGCACCCCAGACCACAGACCACUGCAGAGCAAAUGGCCAAGCUACCAACUGUGUUCAAGAAAAAUGGCACCGUCACUGCAGGAAAUGCUUCAGGAGUGUGUGAUGGUGCUGCUGCAGUGAUUAUAGCCAGUGAAGACGCAGUCCAGAAACACAAGCUGACGCCACUGGCCAGAAUAGUGGCCCAUCAUGUGUGUGGAUGUGACCCAAGCAUUAUGGGAAUUGGCCCAGUGCCAGCAAUCAGUGGGGUCCUGAAGAAAGCAGGAUUAUCCUUGAAGGACAUGGAUCUGGUAGAGGUAAAUGAAGCCUUUGCUCCUCAGUAUUUGGCUGUACAAAAGGCUUUGAAAUUGGACCCUGAAAACACUAAUGUAAAUGGAGGGGCUAUAGCAUUAGGACACCCUCUGGGAGCAUCAGGAACCAGGAUAACGGCACAUCUAGUUCAUGAGUUGAGACGCCGCAGAGGUAAAUAUGCAGUGGGUUCGGCCUGCAUUGGAGGUGGGCAAGGAAUCGCCAUCAUCAUUGAGAACAUGAAGUAAAGAAAAGGGGGCACGCAAAGAAUGUUGUGCUACAAGAACUAAACUACAAUAUUCAGUGCUUGUUGCUGGCUUUGUUUGUGGUAGCUGCUGCCGUAUCUUACAUUAAGGCCCUACUUUACUCCUUCUAAAAACGUUCCUGAUCAAAUGAUUCGGUGUGCCCAUUUUGGGGGGAAAAGAUUGACAAUAAUGUAAUCAGAAAGAUGUAGCAACGCCAGGGUUGUGGGUCAGCCAACAUUCUGCUUGUGGGUGUACAAAGAAAUCAAUGGAAAUUUUGCAGAUAAUCACUGUUCAAGAAUACCAAAGAACUUUUAAUCUUACACAAUUGUAUUGGCUAGAAUUUUUCUUUUUGUUUUUAAGCAAAGUGUAUAUUUUCCUAAGUCCUUUAAUGUUUAGAAAAUCUCCAGCUUACAUGCACAGUGGUUCAGACCACAGAUGGUUGAGCUACAGAAGCUAAGGGUCAAAUGAAAUCACUCAUUAUACAUAUCCUGGAGAAUAAGAGCAUAAUAAAUAGCAGCAGCUAUUUAUAUGUCCCCUCUUUCAAUAAGAUUAUGGUUGAUUUGAUCUUGGCUUUAACUCCAUUUUCCUGCCUGUUCCCCAUAACCCUUGACUCCCUUAUAGUUCAGAUCCAUCGUGAAUAUAUUCAGUGGCAGCCUCGAACCCCCCUGAGUUAAAGAUUUCCAAUGAUUUAAAAUCCUUUGAGUGAAGGAAUUCCUCUUCAUCUCCAUCUUAAAUAUGUGACCCCUUAUUCUGAAACUAUGCCCCCAGUUCUAGAUUUCCCCCAUGAGGUGAAACACCCUCCUAGCAUCUACCCAGUCAAGCCACCUCACAAUUUUAAAUGUUUCCAACAAGCUCAUUCUUCUAAGCUGAGUAUAGGCCCAACCUGCUCCGCCUUUCCUUUUAAGACAGCUCUUUCAUCCCAGGAAUCAAUCUGGUGAACCUUCUCUAAACUGCUUCCAAUGCCAGUCUAUCCUUCCUUUAAAUGAGGAGACCAGAACUCUAUGCAACGCUUUAGGCGAGGUCUCACUAAUGCCCUGUAACAAGAUUUCCCCAAUUUUAUACAAUAAAGACCAUUUACCUUCCUAAUCACUUGCUGUACCUGCAUGCUAUUUUUUUUGUGAUUCAUGCACUAGGGCACCUGGAUCUCUUUGUACUGCAGCAUUCUGCAGUCCCUCUCAAAUUAAAUAAUAUUUUGCCUUUGUUUUCCUCACAAUUAUACUCCAUCUGCCAAAUUUUCUGCCAUUCACUUAACCUAUCUGGAAACUUUUGCAGACUUUACAUCCUUCUCACAACUUGCUUUCCUACCUCUUUUGUUUCAACAGCAAAUUUGGCCACAAUACGCCCAAUCUUUUCAUCCAAGUCAUCAACGUAGAUUGUAAAUAGUUGAGACCCCAGCACCAACCCCUGUGUCACCCAGUUACAGUUUUCCAACUUUGAAAGUGAUAUUUAUCCUGACUCUUUGUUUUCUAUUGGUUAUCCAAUCGUUUAUCCAUGCUAACACUAUUAACCUCAACGCCAUGAGCCCUUACCUUCUGUAUCCACCUUUUAUAUGGCACUUUAUCAAAUACUUUUUGGAAAUCCAAAUGCACUACAUCUACUGGUUCCUCUUUUGUCCACCCUGCUUGUUACAUCCUGAAAGAACUCUAACAAAUUUGUCAAAUGUGAUCUCCCUUCCAUAAAACUAUGUUGACUUUGCUUGAUUGUAUUAUGACUUUUUAAAAUGUUCUGCUACUACUUUUGUUAACAAUGGAUUCCAGCACUUUCCCAAUGUCAGACAUUAGGCCCAUAGUUUCCUAAAUAAACAAGCUCACAAACUUAAAAUAAGGAAGUUGGGAACAGAAGGGAAAUUAGAGGGAAUUUUUUCCUUUUGGUUAAACAGUUUUUGGAAUAAGCUUCCUGGAAAAGUAAUUGGCAAAAGUAUAAACAGAUUAAAAAGUAAUAUAAAUUUAUGCCUGGAAAAAGAAGCAGUAGAGAGAUAUAGUUACCUUCCAAGAUUAAAAAAGGGAUAGACAUUUUGAACACUAGUCUUUUACUAAUCCUAAAAAUGAUGGUAUGAUCCAUGUUUUCAUUUCCUGUUUCCUUCCCUUAAGCAGAAGUUGCUUCAAUGAGCUGAAAAUUGACUAAAUUAAUUACAUCGUGGUAGGCUCACAUGCAUAAUCAUCUACUUGGGGAUGCCGACACUAUGGUUGCUAAACCACUCGGAUUUUCCUUCAAGCAUCAAUGGAUUUAUUGACACAUGUUGUUUUUAUCCCUUCCUUCUCCUCAUCCCCAGAGCUGCCUUUUUUGGUGUUGUGAAUAUUUUAAAAAAAUUUUGUAAAAUUGUCAAGUCAAAUCCACGCUGCUUACUCUUUUUAAUUAAUUUUCCUCAAUUUCUGUUUUCUUGAAGCAGCAACUUGUACUGGGAUUCUAUUCUCACAGUUGUUAGCUCUUAAUACGUGUAUUCUUAAGCUAUAAACCCAAACCGUGGAUGUCAGCUGACUAUUUUACCACAGAAGGAAUCACAAUUAAGCCCAAUCCUAUGUUCGUCUGGAAUCGUAUCUUUCCAGUUGUGUAAUAUUAGAAAAAGGAUUCAAUCAUUUUCUAAUCCUUUAAUUUAGUAAGGGUUUUAUGUAAUGGCUGAGAUCUACAGUCACGCACUUUCCAGCAGAUAAUACCAGAUGAUGAUCAAAGUGGGAAUCCCGUGCUUUUUUAUUUCUGAUACACUCUCUGUCCCUGGCUGAAAUCAAUUAUUUUGGCACAUACCAGUGCUGGAACUGUGACUGAGCUAAUAUUGCUCAUCAUAAGUCAGCAAAUGGCAAUUUAAUGACCUAACCAUUAGGACAGCUGCUGUCUUUUAUGUAGGUCCUCUUGAAUUUUCUGGAAGUCCCACUCUGUUGCCACAAGUGCAGUGUAGUGGAGCAGGACCUCUGCCUUCCCUUGCCCCAAGCCAGAGACCGUGUGCAUCCCAAAUACUGGGCACAGGGUCAUUUGCACAGCCAGAGUGGGUGCGUCAGUGAGGCCCACAAUGGACUUGGAAUGUUGGCCUGGCAUAUACUCUAUUUCAUCUCGCUCUUGUUUUGUUCCCAACAAAACAAGCAGCUCUUUGGUUUGGGGGAUCUCUUCUAGGCUUCAGCUGACAUAAGGACAAAUGAGUGGAAUUCCUAGGAACAUUCCUUGGAUUUAAGAGGCAUAGGCAGAAAUCCCUCCUUGUCACACCCAACAUACUGCCCCCACCCCACCUUUACUGUAAUUCAAAGGACUACAGUAAAUGGGGCAUAAUUAGGUUACACUCAAAUUACUGGGGACCCUUGAGUGGAAGCUGUCCUCAGGAAUUUCAGGAUCUAAGUAUUUUGGGGACAGAAUUGUUAUUUUGGAGUGCCUUGAUUUUUUUUUUGCCCUGUUAGACCUGUGAAUCAUUAAACAGUAUUGUAUUAAGGAGGAGACUUACUGAAAGUGUACUUUCCAAAUAAAAAUACUGCAACCUUCACUACCAACAUAACUUCCUCUCCAAUAUGGACCACAAAAUAAAAGCCCUGAAGCAUCAUGCUGACCUGUUGGGAGAAGGAAGAAUUCCACAUUGGCCAUAGAAGUUUCUUAUAGAAGUUAAUAUUGCAAAUAAUAUUUUUGUGUGUUGUCAUCAUGUCACCCAUCUUAUCUUUCCUGGCUGCUGGUUGGUGAUAUUUCUCCAGACAAUGAAGAUGGUCAGAAACCACUUUACAACGUCAAACAAUUGUACAUGUUUAAUUACACUGAUUUUGCAGAUUCCAUGCUACAGUAUAAAUGGGCACUUUCAUGCUGCAGCACCAUCAGCCUCUGGCGAUAUUGUAAACAGUUCUAUAAUUGCAGCUAAGCAUAAAAUUAUUGUUCUUAUAGUCACAAUUGGGUAUUCAUCAUUCGAUGUAAGGUCAUGAGAGAGGAAGCAUUCUCUUGUGAUAUUUGAAGCAGUAAAAUCAUGGAUUAUAGUGUGAUAUCAAAAUGAAUGAAUUCCAGCACUUUUUCUGAAAACCAAAUUUAAAUUCUAACUAAGGCAAUGGCUCUUCACCUAGAAGUGCUCUCAUGCCGCAGCCUAUGAUUUAAUAUGUUGCCACAUCCCCCUCUAAUUAGAGCACCUACCCCUCCUUAAAAUAUUGUAGCUCCCAUAGUUUGUUCCUGGGGAUGGUGGGGAAGGUUGUUUUAGUUGGACACUGUCCUUACUGGUAUGCUCAGCGGGAAAGUAAUGUUGACUAAUGCAUUGUGCAACUCUAAUGCUAGAAAUUUUGAAAUAAAAAUAAUCAGCUUUUCCCUUGUUCAAAAACUAUAAGGCUAUAUCUGAAAUCUGUUUUUAAUAUAAUUGUGCCGGCAAUCUAGACCUGUUAUACAAAUUAUCUUUAACAUUUUUGUUCCAUAAGCAAAUGUAAAACUGUGCCUUACAUAGUGAUCUGUUACUCUGUGAAGCAGUGACAGAAAAUAAAUUACCAAUGAUUUUGUUUUAUUGGUGCCUUGUAAUUGGUGCAAUAAUUUUAUUGCACUGCAUUGUAACAUACAUAAUUGGAAUAAAAUAUAAAUGUCUUUGUUAUAUAUUCUCCUCCUACCCAUCUAUGGGCUGGCUUGCUCCUUGCAUUGUCCUUCUAAGAGGAGCAGGGAGCUGUUAUAUUUUUGAAUCUCUGCCGCUGCUAUCAAUCAGCUACCAGUAAGUGUCUGAGAGCAGCCAGACAGUGUAGGUUUACUGAAUUUUUUUUUGCCCUUUGGGGAAUGUUUUCAACUAUAUCAAAAAUUGUUUUUUUUUUAAAAGAAUGUGUAAUCUGUAUGCCAUGAAAUCCAAACAAUAAACUGGGGAUCCUCA